AUGGCUUUGAAAGUCAUUAUCGUCGGAGGAGGCAUAGCAGGAUUCUCAGCAGCCAUUUCUCUCCGGCGAGCCGGUCACACCGUGCGCAUAUACGAGCGGUCCUCCUUCAACAACGAGAUCGGCGCCGCCAUCCACGUUCCGCCAAACGCGUCUCGGGCCCUGCUCGCCUGGGGCUUGGAUCCCAAGGGCGCCAAGUUUGUGACAGUCAAAUCAAGCUUUCGGGCCAACGCAAAAACGCUCGGGCGUUUUCACGUUGGAACCACGGAGAGUGAAGUCCCGGUCAAGUAUGGCUCGCCGUGGUUCUUUGCGCACCGAGUUGACUUGCACGAAGAGCUGAAGAGGUUGGCUACGGAACCUGAUGGGCAUGGCAAGCCUGUAGAGGUGCAUUUGAGGGCCGAGGUAGUCAAAUACAAUGCAGAUGCCCCUUCGAUCACCCUCGCUAACGGCGAGACGGUGUAUGGCGACGUUGUCAUCGCAGCAGAUGGCAUCCACACUCUGGGCGUCGAGGCCAUCAUCGGAAAGCCAAACCCCCCUGAGCCAUCAAGGGACGCAUAUAAUUUCUGCUACCGGUUCCUGAUUCCAGCUGAUUGUAUUGAAAACGACGCCGAAACGAAAUUCUGGAACGAAGAAGACGACGGCCGUAUGAAAUUCUUCGUAGGAGAAAUGAAGAGGCUUGUCUCAUAUCCCUGCCGCAACAACGAGGUGCACAAUUUUGUUGCAAUUUUUCAUGAGGAUGACAUUUCAAAGAUGCGAAAAGAAGACUGGCAAGCCUCCAUUGACAAGUCAAAAUUGCUCGAGAGAUAUCACGACGUUCAUCCACGACUUCUGGCAGUACUGAACAAGGCAACAGAAGUCAAGCAAUGGGCACUCCUCUUUCGACCGCCUGUUUCUACAUGGGUCAAGGGCAAAAUGACACUAGCGGGCGACGCGGCUCAUCCCAUGUUACCCCACCAAGGACAGGGUGGCGCUCAGGGCAUAGAGGAUGGCGUUGUUCUCGGCAUGGUCCUCUGUAAUGCCACCAGGGAGAACGUUACUGGGCGUCUGUUAUUCAACGCCGGCCAGGAUGAGCCGGAACUGAUCCAAAAAGAAGCUUCCCAAUUCAUCCCGCUGGAACGCGUGCCAAAAUCCCCCGAGCAAUUCUUUGAUUACAACUUUGGAUACGAUGUUGUUAGAGAUUCUCUCAAUUAUCUUAGGGAAAUGGAUCCAAACUUCGAAUUGCCGAAGUCGUUCUUCCAGGAGCAGCCGGGCCGAGGAGCAUAUCCCUAG